UCCGUCGCCGGCACGUUGACCGCACGUGUUUCGUGCGACUUGUUCAUCACGAUACAAUCGUAAAAAAACAUGAGCAGCGGCAAGAGGAAGCUCUCCUUCCUCGGCUUUGCACCACAGGGCGAAGGACAGGACGAGGUGCGGUUGGACGACGAGAUGGAUCGUGUCGUUUGGAGCGAAGGUGGUUCCCCGCCUCGACUGCAAGGCACCAGCGAUCCCGUUCGAGACACCGCUGCGCCCCCGCCGGCUUAUACUCAAGACGGAGAAAGUCAACCGAGCAGCUCAGACAUAACUUCUGUCACCCCAUCACCACAUCAUACUACAAGUUCUGAUCCUCAGAUGUCAGUGCAGUGGUCAGAUUCGAAUUCAGCUUUGGCUUCUCGUGAAGAUGAUAGACACGUGCAGUUCGAUGGUCAUCAGAAACCGCCUCUGGUAUUGCUUGACGACGCCAGCGAGGAGCGCAAGGCUCAAAGACAUGAUCGUCACUUACAUCCGCACAAGGCACGUAAAUUGUCGUUGCAAGAGGGAGUUCGUGUUGGUUUAGAAGGAGAGCGUCGACACUUAGCCGGUCCUACAGAUGAGCCCUUACCCGAAGCUGAUCAAGAUGAACUUCAAAGCCAUCGUAACGAUGACCAGCGGGCUAUGCGUCGUCACAAGAUUCAGCCACGGGGUUCGACGGUGCAUGUUGGCCGCAAGGACGGCGAAGAUAAAGUGCAAAAUAUUUUUUCUGAUGCUACUCUAAAAAAAAUGUACGACCACAGCCCACACUCAGUGUUCGUUCAAUUAGACGAAUUGCUUGCAACCGAAGAUGGGGAUGCAGAAUGGAAGGAGACCGCUCGAUGGAUUAAGUAUGAGGAGGAUGUGGAGGAAGGAUCAGCUCGGUGGGGCCGACCACACGUCGCAUCUCUAUCCUUCCACUCCUUACUGAACCUUAGGCGAUGUCUCGAAACUGGUGUUGUGCUACUUGAUCUCGAUGAAAAAGACCUUCCUGGUGUUGCGUACAGGGUUGUUGAGAGCAUGGUAUCAGAAGGGCUUAUUGAGGAAGACGACAAGCCAGUUGUUAUGAGAUCUUUACUGAUGCGCCAUCGGCACGUCCACGAUGAUCGCUUCCGCUUUUCCAUCAGCGGUCGAAAGCAGUCAUCUUACACUAGUUUGCAGUCGCUGUGGAUGGAGGAAGGCAGCACAGCAGCCCUUCCGCGGCCCUCAUGUGCCCUUUGUACGACGGCCAUUGCCUGCCGCCGGCAUAGCGCCCACGUCUUUAAUCUUUCGGAUCCGAAAAGACGACGCAGUUCGUAUGCUCUUCCUCUUGAUCGGCUUGAAACGCGCAAGAAGUCGUCAGCAGCUGCUUUAGACAUGCGUGAAGUUGAGUACUUAGCAACUGGUGCAGUCGGAUCACAAGAUGAACUACGUCGAGGACAUAAUGAUUCUAUCUUGAAACGUAUCCCAGGCGAUGCAGAAGCUACCACCGUACUUGUUGGUGCUGUUGGUUUCCUCGACCAACCAACUAUUGCUUUUGUCCGUCUCGCUCAAGGGAUUCUCAUGCCAUCCAUCACAGAAGUCCCAAUCCCUGUGCGAUUCAUGUUCAUUCUUCUUGGUCCAACUACAGCAGAUCUGGACUAUCAUGAAAUCGGUCGCUCUAUCUCAACUCUUAUGUCAAAUCCAGCUUUUCAUUCGAUCGCCUACAAAGCAGACGACCGUCGUGAACUAUUGUCAGCAAUAAACGAAUUUCUGGACGAUUCAAUUGUGCUGCCUCCCGGUGAUUGGGAGAGACAGGCAUUAUUACCAUUCGAAGAAUUAAGGGCUAAAAGUGAAAUGAUAAGGCGCAGAAAACGUAAUGCUAUUGAAAGAAAGCGUGCCGCCUCUAAUGCAGUUGCCCCUGCAUUGGAUGAAAAGAAAGCUCUUCUUGCCGCAGAGACAGGAGGAUUACCUGAGAAGGAACCUGACGAUCCCCUUUCAAAGACCGGUCGUCUUUUUGGGGGUGUUGUAAGAGAUAUGAAAAGACGCUAUCCACAUUAUUUAUCGGACUUUCGAGAUGCAUUAAAUGGGCAGUGCGCUGCGGCUACCAUUUUUAUGUAUUUCGCAGCACUUUCAUCGGCGAUUACUUUUGGUGGAUUAUUAGCCGAAAAAACUAAUAGACAAAUUGGUAUUUCCGAGACCUUGGUGUUCACAUGCGUGGGUGGCAUAUUUUUUGCCCUUGUAGCCGGCCAGCCGAUGAUGAUAACGGGAGCUACAGGUCCUUUAUUACUUCUUGACGAUGCGCUUUUUGUUUUCUGUCGAUCCUACGGGUUUGAUUUCUUGGCUGCACGAAUGUAUUGUGGACUUUGGAUGAUAGUUAUUGCUCUUUGCAUCGCAUCUAUUGAAGGCAGUGUAGCCGUAAAAAAGAUUACAAGGUUCACUGAAGAUAUAUUUGCAUUUUUAAUUUCGUUGAUCUUUAUAUCGGAACCGAUUACUAAUAUCAUCAACGUAUACCGCUCACAUCCACUUGGUUACGAUUACUGUCAAAAUAAUACCGAAAUCAUCAACAACGGAACUACACCAACGUUAAAUUCAACUUUACUAAAUUCUACAGACUUAGGAAAGAUGCCGCCGCAACCGAACACUGCUCUUUUCUGCACAAUGCUCACCUUAGCCACCUUCAUCAUUGCCUAUUAUUUGCGUAUCUUCCGCAACGGAAAGUUCUUGGGGCGUAGUGCUCGUCGUGCACUUGGUGACUUUGGCGUACCCAUAGCCAUUGUGUUGAUGGUUGGAAUUUCUUGCCUAGUACCCGUUUGGACUGAGAAACUUCAAGUGCCAGAUGGCCUUAGUCCUACCUCUGAUCGAUCUUGGUUGGUUCCAAUGAAUCCAGGACUUGAAACGAUUCCAUUUUGGGCGGCUUUGGCUAUGGUGUUACCAGCCCUCAUGGUCUACAUUAUCGUAUUUAUGGAAACCCACAUUGCCGAGUUAAUUAUUGACAAGCCGGAGCGCCGUCUAAAGAAGGGCAGCGGUUUCCAUAUGGACAUCGUGGUAAUGUCGCUUGUGAAUGCGGUGUGCGGCAUGUUCGGCGCACCCUGGCAGUGCGUAGCGACCGUGCGCUCUGUCAGCCACGUCUCUGCACUCACCAUCAUGUCCACCACGCACGCUCCUGGUGACAAGCCGCAUAUUGUUGAAGUCAAGGAACAACGCUUAACAGGACUUUUGGUAUCAUUCCUUGUUGGAAUAUCGGUUUUGGCAUCUGGGUGGCUACGGUCAGUGCCGAUGGCGGUGCUUUUUGGAGUUUUUCUCUAUAUGGGUAUUUCGGCUCUUGGUGGUAUACAAUUCUGGGACAGAUGCAUUUUACUACUGAAACCCGUUAAACAUCACCCACAAGUGCCGUAUGUCAGACGUGUACCAACAUUUAAAAUGCACCUGUAUACACUUAUUCAACUGGCUGGAAUAUGUGUACUGUAUGCUGUGAAGUCAUCCCGUUUCUCCCUUGCUCUUCCCUUCUUCUUAGUUCUGAUGGUCCCCCUUCGAAUGGGUUUAGUUUACCUCUUUACGCCUCUACAAUUGCGUGCGUUGGACGGUGCUCAAAAAGAUAUCGACAAAGACGAUGAACCAGAUUUCUACGAAGAAGCGCCACUGCCCGGAUAGGAUGUAAUUUUCCAAACUCGUUGCAAGUUCACGUUGAAAAUUCGUACAAUUUAGAUUUUCCUACCAAAUCUGCUGAACUUAUUGUUAGUUGAUAAAUCAAAUUGACGCUAAUGCGGAAAAAAAAUUAAAGAUUGUUGUUGUGAA